AUGGACCGAGAUACAACAUUUCCACCUUUCAACAUAUCAGCACAACACUGGAGAGUCACCUACAAGCCACCCACUAAUAAACAAAGGAGAUCUCUGGCAGGGGAGGGAGAGGAAGAAGCGGGGGAAGGAGACGUCAGAUCCUUCCCCAGCCAGAAAGUACCGGGACAGACGACUGAGAGCAGAGCUGUCCUCCGACCUCAUUGCUUUCCUCCUGCUAAGUUUUCAAGCGGUUCUCGAAAGGAGGUUGGAAACCUUCCUCCCCCGUCCGUCGCAGCUUCGCUCCAAUCAGCCGGCCACCCGGACGCACCCCCCCACUCCCAUCCCUCCCAGGGCCUCCAUCUCGGUCCCGGAGUCUCCCUUCCCGCCUCAAACUUCCUACAGACCCACCCCGCGCCCUCCUGGGCUCGCCCGGGCUACUGCCCCCUCCCCCUCCCCCUCCCCGCCGCUCCCCACGUGCUGGGAGCCCGGGUGGCGGCGGGACCCACGCACCGGCCAAGCGCACAGCUAGCUUCUCGCAGCUUUCCCCUCGCGGCCCGGCCUGCCCCAGGCCGAGGAAGCCCGGUCUCGACCGCCAGCUGCACGCCCGUCCGGAGAGAAGAUGCGGUCUUCGGCGCCGGCCUGCUCUCGCCACUCACACGCCCCCUGAGCGGCGAGUCCAUCCGCCGCCGCCGGCCCUCUCAGACCGCCCCGGCCUAUGCCCGGCGCCCGGCCGCUGGGCCGCCGCCCGGACACCGCGCCGCCCCCGCCCUCCGCCUGGCCAGCUCCCGUCCUCCCCGCCACAUCCAGACCCGCCCGCCGACCCCCUUCUUACCGGCGGGCGUGCAGGCUUCGCGGGGCGGAGAGAGCCAACUCGAUCGGCGGCCUCCCCUGUGCCCGGGCCCGCUGUCUCCGCCACCAAGAGUCCUCGGGCUCCGGGGGUUUCGGGGUAAGCAGGAGUCCGUGAGGGCGACAGGGAAGGGGAAGGACGCGGAGGAGAAGGGGAAGCCCCGGCCCGCGGCUCCAACGCGCUAUCCCCUGCGGAGCGGAUCCAACAAUCAAUUCAUUAUUAAAGCACCAACGGCGAGGUCAGCAAAAGCAAGAAGUAACGAGUCGUCGUCUUCACCGCGGCCGCGCGCGCGCCCCCGCUCCCGCCGCUUAUCGGCUCCCGGCAGCCGCCAUGACGCCGAGAGAGCUAGCGCAACCGUCUCCGUCGUAGGCGCCUCCGCCGCCGCCGCCGCCGCCGCCGCCGCCACAGAGGUAGCCGUUGCCUCCGCCUCCCGCGCGACUGAGCCGUUGUACCAGGUGGCGUGCGCCCUGAGCAGCAAGAGUGGCACUUCCAAGCUCCUUCCCUGGGAACUACACUCAGCCUCUCAGCAUCAAGCCAUCAUGCUUUGAACUGUGUCUGUGAGCAUCAAUGCUUUAUCUCCAUUUAUUUUGUGCAUCCAUUAGCAAGAUGUGUCCUAAGGUAAUUGCUUCUUUGCUUUACCUCAUUUAGGUUUGCGAAAGGUUUCAUAGGAACACUAUCCUAGCUUUAGCCAGGAUGAACAACUGAACCCUAUCUGGACCAAUCAGAUUGUUCUGAUAAUUUAAAAUUGGAAAGUUCAUCAGACAGCUGAUCUUUUCCUGAGAAACGUAAAGUUAGGCCAGGGUACUUUGUUUGGAAGCAGCACAUGGAAAGUCAGAGUUGUGUUGCAAAAACAAGAAUAAUCUCAGAUUACUUACUGUAUCACUUGGUGUUAUAAAUGUUAUAACUAUGAGAUUGGUACUGUUAUCUACAGGUAAGGAAACUGAGAAGCUUGACUAAAAAUACGUGCUGAAGCGCUGAAGCUAAAAUAUUUUUCUUUUCUUUCUCUCUUUCUUUUUGGAAGCUAAAAUAAAACCUGGGCAGUUUGAAUCCAGUCUGUGUUUUCAUGAAGUGCUGACAUAUCAGACACAUGUAUAAUAGCUGCCUUGGUUCCUGAUAGCUUUCCAGUUCCUGAGCUCAGUCCCUUGAGAAGGGUAGUCUGCUCCCUAUCUUUGAAUUAUUUAUCAUAAUUUAUCCUUAUAAUAAAAUUUCAUGUCUUUGCCUAAGUGGAUCAGCCAAUUGCAACUGAAAGUGUCCUGCUCUAGUUUGACUAUGAAUGGGAACGCAAAUAACAAAGCUCAGAGAAACUAAAACUGACUGAAUCGAGGUGGGGCUGCGGGUAAUAAAGACUUUCCUACCUUAAGAUGGGAACCUGUUAGCUUCUGUUGUGCAAUAGGGAAUCUUUUACCCAGGCUUUCUCCAAUAUUGUCUCAGAACUCAGACUAAUGUAGUCAUUGAGGUAGGGCCCAGAGAUCUUGGUAGCCAAAUAUAAAAAAUAUUGAGUGCAUUGAUUUCUAUGUGUGGAGUUUUGAAAAGUAUGUUGGAAAAGAGAGGAAUUCUGAACAGAGUUCCUAGGUGAAAGUAGAUUGGAAUGGGUUGUGUGAAAUUUAGCAAAUUUGAUUUAGCAAUUAUUGGAAGCCAAUUUGCCUUUGGGCUGAGAAUGUACAGCUAGAUCAAGAGAUUACUCAAGGGGCUCAUUGAAUGGCAACAUAAUUUUUUUUUUCCACCUGUUUCUAACACUAAAGUUUUGACAUUGAAUACCAGAAAGUGAAAUUUUAGUAAUAGGAAUAGGACUCUCAAGGAAGAACAAAUGAUAUUAAGGACUCUAAUUCCUCAGCUCCUUCCAAAACAUUUUCCACUUCCCAUCCCCUCCCAUGCUUCACAAAAGUGUGAUGAUCCUUCACAUUGUUUAUCAAUAGCCACUAGGAUUGGAAUGCAGUAUGUGUCUGGGAAUAUUACUAAAUGACAAACUGCAAACUGCCUUGCCUACUUUUUCUCUUGUUUGCUUUGAGGCUAAAGCAGAGAACAACGGGGAUGGACAGAGUCUCAACUGUUGCUAAGAAACAAGUCCAGAUUGACAACUUGAGAAACCAGACUCACUAAAGUCUUCAGCAUUAGCUAAAUGGAAAAGGAAUCUGCCUAAAAGAAAAUUAGCAGGCUCUCCUCCACAGUAGAGCAGUUGCAUGCCGUAAAAUCCCAAAGUAGACUCAGACCACAGACUAUCUCAAUCCCUCAAGCACCUCCUGUUUUCCAGUACAAAAGAAUCUGCACCAGGUAGAAGUGGGUAUCCUUUCCCGAAAUGAAGAACCUUAGUGUCCCUUGUCAAGAGUGGCCCUGGAGGACCCUGAACAAGAGAAUCCAAACUGGAUAUAGACAGAUUUUCUAAUAACUGACUAGGAAUGUGGUCAGUUAACUUAUGCCUUAUGAGAUUUCAAGGGCCAUUAUUUACUAUCCCACUCCUGCUGGGUACAAUGUAUACUUUAGCGAGCUAGUUAAAUUUAUAUUUAGUCCACAGAUUGCAGAAUUAAUCCAAGUAUUUCUUGUAUGGGCUUUAUAUACCUAUCCUAGGGCUAGUUACAUUCAAAAUAGUGUUAAGAUGGACAAGGGUUUUUCUUACUUGGAAUUGACAUUCUAGUUUGGGGAAGGAGGAGAAGAGAGGUUAAUGAGGAAAUAAGCUUACAAGCUGGGAUGGGCUCUAUAAAGGAGAGAUAGAUAGUGUAAUGUCAGAGAGAGUAGAGAGAGACAUACUCAGAUGGGAAGAGCAGUGGGGUGGUCAGAGGAGGCCUCUUUGAGCUGUAACUGGAAGAGUGAGGUAGAGCCUACUGUGGCAAGAACCACAAGAAGAGUAGUAAGGAGAACAAGUGCAAAGACCCUAAGGUAUGAAAGGGUUUGUGACGUGUGAAGAACUGAAGGCGACAAAUAUAGCUGAAGCAUAGCGAGGGGGAAGCUGGGUUGACAUGAGAUUGAAGAGAUGGCCAAGGAACCUCCUUUGAUCUAGAGCCUUGAGGGCUAUGGAAAGCAUUUGGGGUUUAAUUCCAAACACAGCAGGAUGCCAUUGGAAGUUUUUACACCAGAGAAUUGCAUAAUCUGAUUUGCCUUCCGUAAGAUUGUUCUAGCUGCUGUGUAGAAAAUGGAUAAUAGUAGUAGCAAGAGUGGCUCUCCACUCUCUAGCUCUCCACUUAGGGACCUACUUUAGUGUAUAAUGGGCUGUUAGGAUUAGAGGAGUAGCUUUAGAGAUGUAGACAAGAUGGAAUCAAGAUAAAUUGGGGAUGUUAAAGUAACAACAUUUGAGUUGAGGUCCUCAUUUGCCAUUCAUUAGUAUCUACGUUAAUUGAUAAAAAGCAAUACAAACAUAUUAUUUGGAAAUGUGGAGACAUAUCAAAGAGCUAGAAAUGCUGAAGAUAGUUGGGAGUGGAGAGGGGUGGGGGAGAGAAUGCUACUUUUUGUUAUAAAUAUUCAAUAUCAUUUUCUUAUAAAAAUUGUAUAUAUAUAUGUGUAAAUGUGUUUAUGUGUAACGUUUGCUGUGAAAAGUUCAGAGAGGUGUAGUGAUAGAUGGAGGAAGUCAGAGGAUUUUUAAGUAGGAAAUACUAAUGUAUGUGGGAAGAAUAAUAACUAAUGUAUGUUGCAUGAAUAAUAAGUAGAGAAUGAAAAUGUGAUGAAGUGCAGUAGACAAAUGGAGUAACUGAAGAAGCAAAAUACUGAGAAGAAAAGAAACUGUAGGUGUUAAGAGUUAGAAUUGCCCAUGAUAGGAAAAAUGACACUCUUUCAAUUUUUUACAGAAAAGAGGCUGAGAAGGUGAGUACAGAUGCAGAGAGGUGUGAAUAUUUGUUGGAAUGAAAAUGAAGUAAAUCCUUUUUGAUGGUUUCUGUAUUCACAAUGAAUUAUGGAGUAGGAUCACCAGCUGAAAAUGGGUAGAGUGAAGGAGUUUGACAAAGCAGGAAAAAAAUAACACAUUUUUACCUCAGGGAAUGUGAACAUGAACUUCCUAGGGAAGCAUAGUAGGACUGCUAGGUUGUCUUGAGUGUUCAUUUGCAGUCUGUGGUCAUGAAUUUCAAAAAAAAAAUCAGUCAGCUAAUUGUGUUGUUUCUUUAUUAAGUUGCUUGGUUCUCUGCACAAGGAACCAAACUGAGUUCAAGCAGUUCUGGGAUUUUGUUAAGUGAGUUCAACAGAGAGAGUUGGUGAUUGUGCUUAAAAAGGAAUGAAUAUAAUGAUGAACCAUGAAAUUCAAGCUGGGUAAAUGUGGGAGUAAAUACAGAUAAUUAAAAAGUAGUGGGGUGAGGGUGGGAGGUGGGGGUCAAUGGACUGGACAUCUCUAAGAGGCCAAACACUUAUUGCCAACCUAAAGUGAUGGUGGACUGAAUAAGAUGCCCAAAAUUGACAUUUCACAGGUAGUGCAGUUAUUAGGGCUUACGUGGUCUGGGGUUAGUCUAAGAUAUGAGUUUAGGUUGUGUAAUAGUCUUUGGAGGUGAUAAAGUUAGAGAAUUGAGUUGUUUCUGGUUCAGCGUGUAAGGAGCUUACAAGUUUCCACUCCAUCCUAAGUGAGUGAAAAAUCAACAACUCUUUUUGGAUCCGUAAGAUGGGGGAGGACACAGGACAAACCUCUGUCCCCGAGAUUGGAGAGACAGGAGAAUAUUGGGAGUCACAGUUUACCUAAGCAGAGGUGAGCAUAAACUACUGUGGGAAUCAGUCCAGGGUAAGAAAAUCUGAACUAUAAUUAUGAAUUGCUGGAAGCCCAGUGCAGACAACUCUAAGAGUUAAAAACUUCAGGGGACUCAAUCAUGGGCGGGUAGGGAGGACAAAAUCAUAACGUUUACCUCUAGGAGUUCGACUAGGUUCCCACAGUAAAUAUCUGACAAAAAAUCUUCUUGGGCUUCCAGCAGGAGGAAGGGAAAAGGACCCAUUUUGAAAUAUCUAAGAGCACUCUGUUCUAAAGAAAGCCUGCUCUCGGGGGGGGGGGGGGCGGGACCUAGUUAACCAGAGCCCAAUCUGCUGGGAUAUUAUCAGAGCCUAACUGACCUAGGGGAAGGGAAAUACCCAACUCCAGCCCACUCUAGCCAUCCUGUCCCACCCAAGAGGGCAGAAAGAAAACUGAGGAACACUUGUGAAGUACACAGUCCAUAGGCAUAGGCUCACUAAAAGACUGAGACCUAAUCAUAGGACUAGAGAAUGCUUCCUCUGUCCCCACACAUCACUGCUGUGUUGCUGAAGACCAUUUCCAGCAGUUUCUUUUACCCGAUACAACAUAUCUAGAUAUCAAUAAAAAAAAAUUACCAGUUAUAUCAAGAGGCAAAAAACAUAAUUUGAAGAGAAAGAGAAAGCAUCAGACCCAGACACGGCAAGAAUAUUGGAAUUCUCAGACUGGGAAUUUAAAACAAUUAUUAUUAGUAUCCUAAAGGCUCUAAUGGAUAAAGUAGACAUCAUGGAAGAUAAUGUAAGCAGAGAGAUGGAAAACCUAAGAAAACCAAAAAGAAGUGCUAGGGAUAAACAGCCAAACCAAAAAAACAAAUAAACAGUGAAACAGAAAAGAAUUAAGGGCUUCCCUGGUGGUGCAGUGGUUAAGAAUCCGCCUGCCAAUGCAGGGGACACUGGUUCAAGCCCUGGUCCGGGAAGAUCCCACAUACCGCAGAGCAACUAAGCCCGUGUGCCACAACUGCUGAAGCCCGUGAGCCACAACUGCUGAAGCCCGUGAGCCACAACUACUGAAGCCCGUGCGCCUAGAGCCCGUGCUCCGCAACAAGAGAAGCCACCGCAAUGAGAAGCCUGCUCACCGCAACUAGAGAAAGCCCGCACGCAGCAACGAAGACCCAGUGCAGCCAAAAAUAAUAAAUUUUUUAAAAAAGAAAAGAAUUAAGAGACUGUGCUGUUGGAUGGGCCAUCUACAUAUAUUUUUGAAAGUCACUGGGAAUGACUGUAUAUAGUCUUUUUUUUUUUAAGAUGUUGGGGGUAGGAGUUUAUUAAUUUAUUUAUUUUUGCCGUGUUGCGUCUUCCUUUCUGUGCGAGGGCUUUCUCUGGUUGUGGCAAGGGGGGCCACUGUUCAUCGUGGUGCGCGGGCCUCUCACUAUGGUGGCCUCUCUUGUUGCGGAGCACAGGCUCCGGAUGCGCAGGCUCAGUAGUUGUGGCUCACAGGCCUAGUUGCUCCGCGCCAUGUGGGAUCUUCCCAGACCAAGGCUCGAACCCGUGUCCCCUGCAUUAGCAGGUAGAUUCUCAACCACUGCACCACCAGGGAAACUCUGUAUAUAGUCUUGAAAAGGGAAAAUAUGAUAGUAAACCAGGAACUAAAGUUGAUAAUAAAUAAGAGAGUAACCAGAAUGGACAGCUACAGAGGACUGAUCAGUGGUAGAGCUGAUAACAUUAGCUUCAAGGGAGCAUAUAUUCUUGGAGAAAGGAGAAUAGUGGCCCCAGAUCCUAACCCUGAGAUUCAUAAUACAGGAGCAAAGAAAGUCUUCAUUUGAAAAGGAUAUAGUUGAAUCAUGAGUUUAAGACAGCCUAGACUCAGUUAAUGUUAAGAAUAUAGGUCUUAAUUUGAAAAGGACACACUAUUAUUCAACAAGUAUGUGUUGAACAUCUGUGUAUUGUGCUUUUUGUUUUAAGUGUUUGAGAUACAGCAAUCAACAACAACCAAAAGUAGUCCCUGCAUUGUUUGGGGCUUAUAUUCCUGUGAGGGGAGCCAGAAAAUAAACAUAUGUUAUACCUAAUAGUGGUAAGUGCUAUGAAGAAAAGAAAUGAAAUAUAUAUAUAUAUAUAUAUAUAUACACACACACACAUAUACACACACAUACAUAUAUAUAUAUAGAGAGAGAGAGAGAUAGGGAUGGUAUUUUAAACAGAAUCACAGAGAGCUUCCCUGAAAAGGUAAUAGAUAUGUGAGCCAACACCUGAAUAAAGUAAAGAAGAGAGACUUGCAGAUAUAUUUCAGGGGCAAGGGCAGGGGCAUUCCACCAUGUAGAAUAGUGAGAGAAAGCCAUAGACUAGAGUGGGCUUAUUAUGUUUAUGGAACAGCAAGGAAUCUAAUGUGAUUUCAGUAGCAUGAGCACUCACAUACUAAUUUUUAAAAAUUGUUUGUUUGCAUUUAUACUAAUUUUUGUGUUAAGACAAAUUUCAGGAAGUAAGAAUGCUUAUUUAGCUAGAAGCUUCUCCAUAGAUUUUAAUUUUUCAACCUGAAAUUUGAAGUAUUUGGAAACUUGGUAUAACAGUUAUAAUAAAGCAUAAAUGCUUUAUUUUUUAAAAAAACAGAAAUCAAUUUGAUUCUAUGGUUUCUUAGUAUUAUUUGUAACUAUGGAUCACCUAUUUUUUCCUCUGUUCAGUUAAUAUCACUAUAAUUAGAGAAAUGUAAGUAAAAAUUACAUGAAACUAUCAAUUCAUAUGUAUCACAAGCAAAACUUUCAGAGGAAGUGAGCCUACGUGAUUCAUCUGAAAUAAUUAGCCAAGACAAAUAGACAUAUUUGAACGGAAGGAAAAAUAAAUGUGAGUACCUUGUUUAAGUUUGAUGUCCUAUGGGUCUUCAUAGUUAAAAUUAACAUUUAAUUUAAAGUGACAAUACAUUAUUAAAUAAAGCUGAUUAGACAUUUUCAAAACUGUUCAAAACCAUAAUUCAAAAAGAGUCAUGUACCACAAUGUUCAUUGCAGCUCUGUUUACAAUAGCCAGGACAUGAAAGCAACCUAAGUGUCCAUCGACAGAUGAAUGGAUAAAGAAGAUGUGGCACAUAUAUACAAUGGAAUAUUACUCAGCCUUAAAAAGAAACGAAAAAGAAAAAAAAAAGAAAAAAAAAAAAGAAACGAAAUUGAGUUAUUUGUAGUGAGGUGGAUGGACCUAGAGGCUGUCAUACAGAGUGAAGUGUGGAAUGCUUCUUUCAGCUCUUCUCAUGCAGGCUAUUCGUUAUCCUUUGGGUCGCAGGUCAGAUGUCACUUCCUUACAGAGGUCUUCUAAACAACAUACUCUAAAGGGGGCUUCGUCAGUGACUUUUCUAGUUACUUUGUUUUCUUCAUAGUAAUGAUCAUGAUUUACAAUGACUUCAUUUUACUUGUCUUACUUGCCCAUUGCUUUCUCCCCUUCUUACCAAGAAGGUGAGCUCCUUGAUAGACUGCUACAGUGAAACAUUUGGAAAAGUAAAGGAUAUGUGGAAAGUAAAUUUUGUAGGAUUUUUUUUUAAAAAGCAAUUAAAAAGUUACAGGUAAAGUGUAAAAGUUCUACAGAAAGGAAAUAAAAUCCUAGUACCCUAUGGCCAUCUUUUCCAUGAUCAUGAUAAAGUUAACACUGUUACUGUUUCAGAUAAAUAUGAUGAUGUAAUUCUCUCAGUGUGGUUGGGGUGGGAGGGGUGUGUGAGUGCUAGAUGCCCACAGUGGAAGUCAGCAUUGCCAUUCAGCAUCCCUUCCACCUUUCCCCCCUGCAUAGUGGCCAUGUACUUCAGCUUUAGAAGUGGGCCUGAUUAAUCCUAAUUGACUCAUGUAAUCCAAUACCCCAUGCCACUCUAAUAAAUUUAUAGGUGGGCAGGUGUAAGCCAAAAAAUUCAUGACAUUCCUUAGGCCAUAGGGGAUAAUUCAGGAAUGAGCUGUGACCCAGUUUGUAGUAUAAAGCUGUCUAGGAAUUCAGAAAAAAAGAGAUUUCCUUAUUCCAAUGUGAAAGAUCAGAGAAUGAACCUCUUUCUUCCUCUGGAUUUUGGGUGUGUCAGUGUGAAACCAGGAGGUGUUAUAGGUCUUUGCCCUCACAGGAGAAGCAGUCUAAGGAUGGGAUGUCACCCAGAGGAGAAUAGAACUGAGGAAAUGACAGAGAACUGGAGCUAGAGCCACUGCAUGAAGCUGACUCAGGUUCAUUGCACACUCUGGGCUUCUAAUUGUGGAAAUCAGUGCAUUUCUUAAUUUCUUAAACCAGGUGGGAUUGGGAUUACUAGAAAUUGAGGCAUCCUAACUGACAAAAUCCAACUCUCUCUCAACAAGUCAAGAGAUAUUUAAAAUAUGUAAAUUAUAUGUAUAUAUGUUAAUAUGCAUUAUUUAGAAAAGUGGAGCUUGCUAACAGAAGAAAUAGCUUUAAAUAGUUGAAGUGUUUUCUUUUUGGAAACAGGGCCGAGAGAUGGAAGGAAGGGAGAUGAGCCCCAGGCUAUUCUUUUUCAUUGUUCGCCUUACAAAACUAUUUGAUUUCUUAAACAUGUACCUUAAUUAUUUAGAUUUUUCAAAAAGAACCUAAUGAAGUUUAGAAUUUUAAAUUGAGUCCAUUUAAAAAAUUAUUUAAUUACUUUUUUUUUGGUCCUGCCGCGUGGCUUGUGGGAUCUAGUCAGGGAACUAGGGACUGAACCCAGGCCCUUGGCAGUGAAAGUGUGGAGUCCUAACCACUGGACCACCAGAGAAUUCCCUUUAAUAAGGCAGUUUAAAGAUUAAAAUAUUUGGUGUUCUAGAUCUAAAAAGAAUAAAGAAGUUUGAAGAUG